UUGUUGGGACCCAUCACAAUUCGUGGACUACGGUUUUCGAGUCUUUGUACCGGUACUAGUGCUCGGGUACAAGUUCACAAGCCCCGGUCCGCCCAUCACAUGAGAGCAGUACCGGUACCAUACUCGUACCGGUUCGGUUGGACAUGUGGAUCAACUUGCCCCGACUUGCGUGGACAUGCACAAUUGUCUUAACGGUACUGCACUCGUACGCGUACUGUUUCCUAUACGGAGAUUCAUGAAUUCCUUCUGUUGCUGGAGCCGUAGUACCGGUAUUUGGGGAGGUGAGAUGGCCCUCCAAGCCUGAGAGAGAGGGAGGGAAUGGGCAGAGGUGAGACCGAGAAGAAGGCUCUUUCUCUACUAUGGUUAGUAGCGGCGGCUUUUUAUGCUUUCUUUCUUCUGAUUUUUUUUCCCUUUCCUACAGCUUAACAAGCAUCAAGACCUUCACUUUGGCCAGAUUGAACCGUAUUCCGACUACCGGUACUGAACCAAGAGACUCUCACUUUGAGGGAGUUAUUACCCUCAAGCGGUCACCCCCUUUUGUAACUGACAACCCCCUAUCGCCGGUAAUCCAUAAAGGAACGCCAAAGUCGUGGAACAGGGGAACCAUUGAGUCGACAGUAUGGCUGGGUGGGUUGUUUGGGACUACUUGCUGGGGUAUCAGCUUGUUCUCUGGUCCGGUGAAGUGGUUGGCUUGCACAGCAUCGUAAUGAGGCUCAACUGGAUAGCCGGAUAAACAGCUGGCUGCAUCCAUCCACCCACCUGGGGAAAAAAGCCAAAGACGAUAACGCUGCAACCUCCAAUUUCUAAUCGCUGGUUGCCUACAACAAUCUCCAAUCCCACCAAACAUGUUUCCAACUAUUGGUUUGUCGAAAGCCCUUAAUCUCGGCUGUCACAUUAAUGUCCGAGUACUCCGCGAUCAUGCCAAACGCGAGGCAUUUGCGGCUGCCGAACAAACCCGUCAAGCGCUGAGGUACGUCGGUUCAUCGCCCACCAUCGCGCUUCAGCUCAAUUAAGCUUCUCCUGCUAACCGAAACCUGGACAAAACAGGUACAUCUCACAAAACACACAACUCCCGCUUCUGCAGAGGACAAAGGCGCAGGUUGAGCUCGCCCUUAUGGACUCGAACACUCGCAGGAUGAAGAUAAAGAAUCGAUGUGUCACAACUGGACGUGGAAGGGGUGUUUUGAGAAAUUUCAGAAUAUGCCGGGUUAGUGUGCUGCAAAGAUAUUCUUGGAGGACCGUUAUGCUAACAGAUCUGGUGCAGUAUCAAUUUCGGUUGUUAGGCAAGGCCGGUGAUCUCCCGGGUGUUAAGAAGGCAAAUUGGUAG